UAUUUAUGCGAAAAGGGACCAACCCACAAUCUUUGUGAAAUUGAGUUAAGUGCACAGCUAGGGUUUUAAAAAGGUAUUCUACCGUCCCAAAAAAUUUGGUAGCUGUCCGACAACUAGAAAUUAGUUUUUUUAACUGUCAAUUACGGAACCAACCCAAUUUUGUCAACUUUCAAAUAACAGAAAAGAACCAUGUGGAGUGGUUCUUCUAGUUCGUCUAUUUUUAAACGUUAAAAGUACCCAUGCUACUUGGUUCCUUUAAGUCCCCUAUGUAAUCCUUACCAUUUCCAUAAUGCAAACUAGAACCAAAGUUAUGUGGUUCUAUUUAUCACAAAAAGUAUUAUAAUUUUUCAAGUUAUAAGGAACCAACUAACUUUGGUUCUUGUUUGUAUAGUGAAAUUUCACGAUUUGAAAGUUACCAAAUGGCAUAGUUCUAUUUAGUUUUUAAUUUCAAUAGUAUUAAGUGAAAAAUGAAAAGAUCUAUACCAAUGUUAACAUUUAUAUUCUAUGAUUGCCCAUAUUAAAACGUGAUUCUAUGCAAGACUUUGUUCGUUAUUCAGAAUAGCGACAUCUUUUGGUAAUUAAUCCAAGUAAUGGUAAUUUAUAUUCAAUUUUAUGUCAGUUCCUAUACAAAUGCGAGAGAGGGAGCAGAUAUCACAAGAAAUAUUUUAUAAUAGAUUUAUUAAUGUCUUAAUUAAUAUACAUAAUAAAAUAAGGAAUAAUAUUUGAAGAAAAUAAAAUUAUUUGUACGGAAUCCUUAGUGUCGCGAGUCCGAUUCGCACUUAACGGAUUUUUUUAUAACAUCUGUCAUUCCUAGUAGUCUUGGCAACACUUGCAUUGCGUUUGCGACUUUCUUAGUGGAACGUUCGUUUGAAUUAAUAAUAAAAAAUGCGUAGAAACGUGAGUGCUAGAACCAAGGCUAUGUUAAGUGCCUGUUUGAUACAAAUUUCAGAAGAUGAAAAUGAAGACUACAGUAAUGAAGUUAUAGAAGGUACUCCAGUAAGCAGCCCUUCGAAGGUGAAAAAAGCUUUGCCCGUUGCUGAUGACAAACCGCUUCUAACUGAGAAAGCAUGCUUAUUUCAAGCUUUAACUAACAACCAAACUAACAAUAAAGAAGAGUAUGGUGGAAAAAGCGUCGAAGCUCUCCCAUAUUCCCUCUUAACGACAAGACAAUCUACUUCACAAGCAUUAGGAUUUGAAUUCAAAGCUUUAAAUGAACAAACUACGAAGUAUGUUGGGGAAAAGAGUUUGGAUUCAACUGCAUUCACUCCACUUACACCAAAGGCGCAAUCGUUUGACAACAAAUCACAUAGACAACCGAUUUCUUCAUCUAAUAUCGAUGACCCCUCACGUAAGGUCAACCCGCAUGAUGCGGAAUAUGGUGAAAAGAGCGUGGAAGCUCCCCCAUAUUCGCCCCUAACGCCUAGACCAACUAUUUCACAUGUAACGGGAUUUGAAUGCAAUGUUCUAAAUUCAAAAAGUGGUGAAGGCAUCUUGGAAAAGAGUCUAGACCCUCCAUUCACUCCUGACCCGCACUGUGACUUUUCUCCAUUGCCACCCAUGACACCAAAGACAGCUGAAUUAUUCAAUAUUCUGGCAGAAUCCCUUGAUAAUGAAAACUUGGACCUACAUGCUACCGAAAAGUCUGCACCAAAUUCACCGGUUUCUUCGGACAUAACAUACAUCAAUAGCGAUGACUCAGUACAGGAUCCAGAUUAUGAUUGUCAUAUUAGUAAAAAUAGUAGUGAUACUAGUGACAAAAGCUCAACGAAUUCAGUAUCACUAAUAAGGAAUUUGAUAGAAGUUCAUGAAAUACCAACUGAAACACGGAAUGAAAUAGAAAUUGAAAGCACCAGUGCCAGACAAAUCUUGCAAGUAAGAGAUACUGAACCUAACGCAUCCUCGCAAGGAAGGCCAAUCAGGGGUAGAAAAAGAAUAUUUGGUGGAACACUGAGAGAAGAAAGGAAGAAAAGAAAAUAUAGUAAUCUUAGCUAUGUGAAUUAUAAGAAGCAAACUAUCGAACCUAAGGUUUUUAUGGAUUACAUCUGCAAUUGUGCAAAAAAAUGUCAGGAUAAAAUAACAACGGAGACUAAACUAGAAGAAUUCAAUAAAUUCUAUUCGACUGACUCUUAUCAAGCCCAAAAUAUGUAUCUAGUAUCAUGCAUUAAAGAAAAACCAAAGAAACGCGCAUAUGUUACGACUAUGCAAAACACGAUUGGAAUGAAAAACAACAAAACAUUCAGUCGGGAGUACUAUUUAAAAGACAUCCUUGUUUGUAAACAAAUGUUCUUGAAAACUCUUCAAACAUCGUCCAAACGAAUAAAUACAGCUCUUAGCAAAAUGCGGAAUAAUUGCCUCAAAGAUAGGCGUGGUCGAAAAGGAGGUUAUAAUUCUGUUUCUAAAGAAAGUGAAUUGUUUCUGAUAAAAAUAAUUAAUAAACUACCAACUUACGUAUCUCAUUAUAGACGAGCUGAUAGUAACGACGCAAAGUUUCUAACAUCAGACAUGACUACCGCCAAAAUUUAUGAAAUUUAUAGUGAAGAAGCUAAGACAGCAGGCAAGACGUUACUUUCUUUCGCUAAAUUUAGACACAUUUUUGUAACAAAAUUUAAUCUACGCACCAAACCCCUUAAAAAAGACACUUGUAAUAAAUGCGACUUCUAUAAAAGCAAACAUAAGCAUGCUUCGGAGGAAGAGAAGAAUAAACUCGAAGAAGAUCACCAAAAUCAUAUUAAAAAAGCGCAAUUAUUGCAGCAAGAACUAAAGAAUAACAUGAAAUUGGCAAAAGAAGAUCCAACCAUCGAAACUAUCACUUUUGAUUUGCAAAAGACGUUACCACUUCCAAGAAUAUCCACUAAUAUUAUUUAUUAUAAAAGACAAGUCUGGGUGUACAAUCUAGGCAUUCACACAGGCAGUGAUGGCCAGGCGUAUUGUAAUGUUUGGGUGGAAGGGGAGGCCGGCCGCGGUUCACAGGAAGUCGGUUCUUGUUUGAUAAAACACAUCACGGAAAAAUUAAGAGAUGGUGUUGAACAUUUAAUACUUUGGAGUGACUCCUGCGGCGGCCAAAAUAGAAAUAUUAAAUUGACGCUGAUGCUUAAAGCAUUAUUAAAUGACCACCCGACCCUAAAACAAAUCAGCCAUAGAUUUUUAGAGUCCGGUCACAGUUUUUUACCAAAUGACACAGAUUUUGGUAGAAUUGAGUGUGCCCUAAAACACCAACAAAGGCUGUAUACCCCGGAAGACUACAUACGCACCAUGAAAUCAUGUAAAAAAAAUAAACCGAUGAUUGUACAAAGACUUGACAAAAAAGACUUUUUGUCGUCACAAAAUUUAGAGAAAAAAACUACAAAUAGGAAAAAAGCAGAAGACGGAUCCAAGGUAUCUUGGUUAGAUACCAAAGAAAUAGUUAUUAAAAAGGAACAAUUGCACUCAAUUUUUAUGAGGCGAAACCUAGACGAACCGUAUAUUGAAGUUAAUUUAAAAAAAAACGUACGUAGUGUAUCUCAACCUUUGUCUUUAAGAGAUAUGGAUUUACUUUGGCCCACAGGGAAACCAAUAUCGGAGGCAAAAUUAAAAGAUAUAAAAAGCAUAAUGCAUCUAAUACCGAGCGAUGCCCAAGAUUUUUAUAAAAAAUUAAAAAGCGACGAAAUUUUUGAAGACGAUAUUGAUGGAUUUUCCGGGGCUCUUGAUUUUGCAGUGGACGAUGAUGGUGCUGAUGUUUAGUUUUAUGUAUGUGAAUUUCUUUAUAAUAUUUUCGUGUCAGAUUACAUUAUUUAAACUUUUGAUAAUAAAAGCGUGCUAAAAGUCAAA